UUUCACUUCAUUCUCCUUAUCUGACGAAUUCCCUGCCAAUACCUGCGAUACUAGCAGCACAAAGCUGCAAUGCAACCCACUAUUAUCUCCACGUUGUUCACAAACGAGCUGCGGCCAGAUUCAGAGGCCGCAGCAACCAUCAGCAAGGUGCAACACCUAGCAUCCUAUAAUUGGAUUGAAUCCGAUUACCCUACGAUUGCUAUCCCCGGCAGUCCUAAUCUGUGGAGUCCACGGUGGCCAACCAAGAGGAGACGAGGGAACCUGUUGAAGGUGCCCAAGGACUCAGGACUGCUGUACAUCGCGCAGAAUGCAGCGCGUCACCCGGCCAGCCCGAUGGAGCCUCUCUUCCGCACCUUGUACUUCACUCAUCCCGCCUUUGACAUCAGCGCAGUGGACAUUGUGACGGACCGCAACAACAUCCGGAAGCUGUUGACAUUCAUCAACCCGAGACACAACCGGAGCCGCCUUGAGGAUUUCACCAUCCAAAUUGAACGACAGGGGAGGACUAUGCUUCUCUGUCGCCAAGAGAUAUGGACCCGGGAGUUCAUACCUCGCCGGCAAUUUCGCGGGUUCGGCCAUGAGUUUGAGAAUGCAACCACUAGCCGUCGAAUCCCAGACAGUACGGGCCACUACCGAAUCGUGUCCUAUGACUUUGCGGGACUGUCGUGCUUGGUGCGGUAUGAGACCGACGGAUACGUCUCGCCGGGUGACAACGUGGUUUCAGCGAUGGGGCGGAGCAGCCCAAGUAUCUUAGGUCUCCCUAUGGUCAUUUCUCCAUAUUCGGCGUUGAGGAUCUGCGCAGGAGGCCAAACCGUUCCCACGCAGUCCAUACUGGAGAUCAAGACCAAGGCCAGGCGAGAGCCUGUGGAUCUGCAGCAGGUCCUACCUCAAAUGUGGGUGUCGCAGACGUCUCAACUGGCUUGUGCCUACUACAUACAAGACGGCUGGUUUAUUCCGUGUCUGCCGACAAGUGUAGCAUCCGAGAUCCGAGAAUGGGAGGAGAAUCAUCAGGACGACCUCCAGCGGCUAGCAGCCUUGCUGAGAUGGUUAAUUGUGUCUGUUCCCACGAGUGGCCAGAAGGCCACGCUGGAAUAUUAUUCGCGGCGCAAUCAGCUAGUGAUCUCCCACGCCGAUCGUGCUGCUAUGCUUCCACCGGAUCUCUACAACGGGUGGUAAACCAGGCUGAGGCGUUCCUUUGCAGCUAUUAUAGCAGCAUGUUUCAGUGUCUAGAGGCUUAAAGAACCCUAAGGAGGCCCCACCCCGUAAAUUGUGUCGUCAUGAGUACAUGAAUUCAAGGACGAGCGGAACAGAGGAAACCGGUCGCUUGCUGUGCAGCGGUCGCCCACUACCAGCUCUCGACUUAAGAAAAGGCUCUCAGAUCUUGUGGAUUCUGGUAGUACUCAAGGAAUGUGCAAGCCGGCUCGACUCGGUGAUAAACUUUUUGGAUCAGGGUGCAUUGGUUCUUACACUUGGGCAGUCCCGGAAAUGAUGUGGAUGAUGACGUGCAGGGGAAUCCUGAGGCUGAGGGAGGCUAUUCUGAGCUUGCAAAUCGGGUUAGGUGGAGAUUUCUGGUUAUUGCACUUUGAAUACUCUAAUAUAUGACUCUAUAAGCUGAAAAUUAGCAGCAUUCUCAUGAGAC